UCUGGUUGAAUUUACAUUGUUAUUCUGAUUAUUUAUAGAUUUAAAAUAAACGUGUAAAUGAAUAUUUUUGUAGUCAAUGUGAAGUGUAAAUAGCAUGGAAGAUAACAAUAAUUAUAUUGUUAAAUGCAUUAAAGAAGCAGUAGGUACUGAUAAAUGUUGUGUAGAAUUAGAAGGUAAAUCAGAAAAAGGUGAAGGUAAUUUAGGAGAUGUAUGUUUUGUGAAAGUGACUUUUAACGAAUCAAAUUCAAAUAAUGAACUGCAUUUGGUUGUUAAAUCAAGUAAACAUGUGCCUACUAUGGAAGAAUUUAUUCCUUUUAUAUUUAAACAAGAGAUUCUCUUUUACACACAAGUUAUACCUAUAUUUUAUAAUUUUCAACAAGAAAAAAAUGUCAAAGAACCGUUUGCAGCUUUUCCCAAAUGUUAUAAAACAUUUACCGAUAGUAUAGAAGUAAUAAUAUUAAAAAAUUUAAAAAUAAAAGGUUAUGAACUAUAUAAACGAUGUCUUCCAAUGAAUAUCAAUCAUAUCAAAUUGGUGUUAAAGAAUUAUGCAAAACUCCACGCUAUUUCAUUUGCAAUCAGCGACCAACGUAAAGAUAUUUUUAAAAAAUUAGAAAGUAUAUACGAUUCUACUACAUUUGUAAAACUAAUUAACAAUUUUGAAGACAUGUAUGAUAAAGUCGCUGAUAAAGCAAUUAAAGAUUUAAACGAAGCAGGAAGACAAGAUCUAGCUGAUAAAUAUAAAUAUUUAAAAGAAAAAGGAAUUAUGAAACUAAUGGUUGAGUCGUUAGGAAACGUUCCAAAAGAAAAGGUAGUGACACAUGGUGAUUGUCAUAGUAACAAUUUCCUCUUUGAAUACAAGAAUGGUGACAAAAAGACUCCAUCCAAUAUGGCUUUCAUCGAUUUCCAAAUGUCCAACUUACUCUCACCCAUGCAGGAUGUGGGAUACUUAUUAUACAUGGUAGCAUCGAAAGAAGAAUUUUCACAUUUUACAGAACUCAUGGAGUUUUACCACCAAGAACUUUCUUUAUUUCUCACCGAAUUGGGAAGUGAUGUUAACCGAAUAUUUCCUAAAUCGAUCAUGUGGGAACAUUGGAAAAAGUAUACGUUUUUUGGAUUCAGCCAAGCUGCCGGUUUUAUAGAAUUGUUUUAUGCAGACUACUCUUCCGAAGAUCAGACAGGAAACGUUGAUUUUGUGGCGUCAAAAAUAGCAAAGGAUAGAAAAGCUUAUUUAGAACGCUUGGUUUUUAAAAUUUCAAUGGAAAACGUUAAUACUUAUUUAACAAACUGCAUUAAAAAUGCGUUUUGCUCUGAAGAAUGUUGUGUAGAAACUGAAGGAACUCCGGGAAAAGGCGAUGGAUAUGUAGGAGACGUAUAUUUUUUUAAAGUUAUGUUUAACAAAGCUAAUCAGAAUGAAACAGAGGUACAUUUGGUGGCUAAAGUUAGUAAAUAUGUACCCGCAAUGGAAAAGUUCAUGUCACACAGUUUUAAUAGAGAAAUAAAUUUCUACAACGAAAUUAUACCAACUAUUAGAAAUUUUCAAGAAAGCAAACAGUUAAAAGAACCAAUUCGCUUUGCAAAAUGUUACAAAGCUUUUCAAGAUAGCAGUUUACAAGUAAUUCUAUUACAAAAUUUAAAAACAAGAGGAUAUGAACUACAUCCUAGGAAUAUGCCAAUGGAUUUAAACCAUAUUAAAGAUCAAAGAAGGGACGUUUUCAAUAAAAUCGAAAACAUGUUUGAUCACUCUCUUUUUAUAGAAGAUAUGAGUACGUUUACAGAUUUUUUUAAUGAAAGUGGAAACAAAGUGCAUCAAGAUUUAAUUGAAGCUGCGAGACCAGAUCUAGCUGAAAAAUAUGUACUGUUCAAAGAACGAGGAUUGGCUAAAAUAAUAAAAGAAGUUUUAGAAGAUAUUCCCAAAGAAGUAGUAGUUAUUCAUGGCGAUUGCAAUAGUAACAACUUACUCUUUAGAUACAAGCAGUUACUAAAUGGCUGUAAUUCAGAAUUUUAUCAACCAGUGCAUAAAAAAGGUAAAUACUAUUAUUACUUAAACGCUAUAGAAACAGCACCUUUAGAUAUUAAUUUAGACGAUACAGAUUUAAUAACUCAAAAGGAAUACAUUACCCUGUAUAGAGUUAAAAUCGAUAUAAUGAAAUUCAAAUAUUAG